AUGGGUAGGGGAAAUAAGGAAAAAAGUAAGAAUCCCAUUAAGUUGUCGAAAAAAAAAAAAAAAAAAAAUUUUGGAGGAAGUAACAAAGGUGAAGAUAACGAUAUUGUAAAUAGUGAAAUCAAUGAACAAACAAUGGAUUUAUUAGAUGAGAAUAAUGAACCUAGUGAAGGGGAGGGCACCAUGCCCUCCAUUGUUACUACCUUUACAAAUAAUGAUAACAUCGCUGUUACUAACGGUGCAAGCCAAAAUAAACCACAUGAUGGAACCAGAGAAAACAUCUCAAACGAUUAUGCAGUAUCAAAAAUAAAUGAGGGGGAAGUAGAAUAUGCUGAACACUCAACUAAUAUUUUGUCUGUAACACAAAAUGAUAACAGCGUUUCCGAUUAUCUGAGUCUAAACCAAGCACACCAAGCUAAUUUAAUGAAUCCAAAGAAUGAAAAAAAUAGAGAGAACUCUAAUGAGAGAGGUAAAAAAUAUUAUCUUAGCAAAAAGGAGAAAAUUGGAAGAAAGGAAGGAUCAAGUACUGAUUCACAUAAUGAUGAUGCCUCCAAAAAAAAUGAAUGUUGCGAUGGAGAAAAUAAAAUAAAAAAAGAUGCUCUUCAAGUAUCAUGUAUCAACGUCAACUGUAGAAAAGAAUUCUUAAACAUUUCCAACAAUGAUGAGAAUCUUCAUCCCAGUAGAAAAGACAAAGAAGAGAAUAAAGACAUUGAUGAAGAAGAAACUCAAAAGGGGAAAUUGGAACUGAAAAAAAAAAAAAAAAAAAACUCAAUAGAAGACACCAAACAGCAAGAUUGUGAAAAAAUUAAAGGGGAAUCUGAUUACACUGAAACAAAUGCAGAUAAUGCUAUAGAGAAGAAGAGUAAGAAAAACGUAAAAAUGAAUGAACAUAUGACUAAAUUAAAUUUUAAGAAAGGAUGUAACAGUAUUGAGUUUAACACGACAGUAGACCAUGCAGAGAAAGAAAAACAAUUAUAUACUGGUACCAAUAAUAUGUUUCAAAAUGUAUUCACACCUGAAAGUAGCAAUGGUAGCAAAGGUAGCACUACAGAUGAAUGUAACAAAUGUUCGGAGGAAGAAGCGAAGAGCUGCACCACCUCUACUAGGGGAGAUAUCACUAGCAAAGACUACAUCACCAGUUUUUGUCAUAAUAGAUGGGAAAAUCAACAAGAAAAUGAAAAUAAUAAUCAGGAGAAACAAAGAGAAAUGAUUAAAGACUCGAGACAGAAGAAGAAAGUAAAUAACUCCCCCUGUGUUAACAGUAUAGGUAUAUCAAAGGGGUAUAAAUCAUAUGAUCAUGAGGAUAAUCCACGUGGGGGUGGCCAACCGGAUCCUUACCUGAGCGACUACAGAGAGAGAGCCCUCGCAGCUGAUGAUGAUGAUACGAACAAUGAUAGGGAAAAUGAUGAUGAUGAGAAUUCACGCACACCUGUAGACAAGAAGAAGCCUUGUUCAAGUGAUGAAGAAAAAAUUCCACUUGACGAACUGUUAUACGAAACAACAGAAAGAGCAAAAAGGUAUAAUAGAACAAACUAUGGACUGAUGGGUAUAUUAAAAGUGAUAAGAAAGAAGGACCCUGAAUUAAACAUCUUAGCAUUAGGAACAGAUUUAACUACUUUAGGAUUGAAUCUAAAUUCUCCAGAUUUUUUGUUCACAUCACUUACAUCACCAAUAUGUGACGAUCCUACAUAUAAAGAAGACUAUUUUUUAAAGCCCAAUUCUUAUUUAAAUACUCGGUUUCAAAUUAGGUUAUCAUUACUUCUGAAAUUACAAACAGAAACAUUAUUCUAUAUAUUUUAUAAUUUGCCUCGAGACAUAUUACAAGCAUAUGCUGCCUCUGAAUUGUACUUAAGAAAAUGGACUUAUCAUAUGAAUUAUAAAAAAUGGUUUAUUCCACGUAAUUUUUUCAAUCAUAAUAGUUUAGAAAAUUGUUCUUCUUGGAUUUACUUUGAUCCCAUAACAUGGUCUAAAAAAACUUAUGAAGAUUUCUUAACUAUCAAAGAUAUGAUGAAUAUAGAAGAUGUAACAAAAUGUAUAGAACGAAUAAUAAAACUCCAAUCUAGUUAUAAAUAUUCUACUACCCCCCUUCAUUGUAAAAAUGCGAACCCUGACAACAGUUCUUCACCACAGGGAGGGAUUAAUCGAGGCUUUUAA